AUGCACCUCAUCCCCGAGUGUUCAUGGGUUAAUGAAGAUUACUUGAAAUCAAUAGCUUCUUCCAAUGCAACUUUUACCCAAGUGACGGAAUUUGUCAUUUUCGGAUUCCAGAGCCUCCAGAAUUACCACAUUUUGCUUUCUUGUGUAUUACUUUGUAUUUACCUCCUCACCCUCUCUGGCAAUGGCAACAUCUUCUUCUUGGUCAUCUUUGACCAGCAUCUCCAUACCCCAAUGUACUUCUUUGUUUGCAACUUGUCCUUUUUAGAUAUGAGUUACACCUCGGUAACCAUCCCGAAGAUGUUGGCCAAGUUCCUGAUGAACCUGGAUACCAUUUCCUACAAUGCCUGCUUCACACAGAUGUAUAUUUUCCUGUCUUUAGGAGCAACAGAGUGUCUACUCCUGGCUGUAAUGGCCUAUGAUCGCUACAUAGCUAUAUGCUCACCCUUACACUACCAAACCAUCAUGACAAGACGAUUGUAUUUAACACUCUCAGCUGUAGCUUGGUCUGGGGGCUUUGCAUCUCCACUCACAACCGCACUUCUUGCCUUAAAGUUACCUUAUUGUGGUCCCAAUAUCAUCAACCAUUACUAUUGUGAUCAUCCUCCACUGCUCCAGUUGGCCUGUGCCAACACAUCCUUCAAUGUAGCUGUAGGGUCUUCCAUGGCUGCCAUUGUCAUUUUGAUAAGCUUUAUUUUAGUUGCCUUAUCAUAUGUUAAAAUUAUUAUAGCAAUCCUCAAAAUCAGUUCCCAUGCUGGUCGUAAGAAGACAUUUUCCACCUGCGCCUCUCACUUUGCAGUGGUGAGUUUAUUUUUCCUGCCCGUUAUCUUCAUGUACGUUCGUCCAAAAGCCUCCUACUCAUCAGAUGUGGACUCUUUGGUGUCCUUUUUAUAUACAGUGUUAACUCCCAUGAUGAAUCCCUUUAUAUACAGCCUGAGAAACAAGGAUAUCAAAGAGGCUUUCCAGAGGAAAAUAAGCUGCAAGUAUGCGUUUUCCAACACUGCAUAGAUUCUAUUUAUAGAAUACCUUUUGGGUUGGAUAAACUGUUCUUAUCUUUUUUGUUUUGUUAAUAUUUUGAAGCCAGUUGCUUAAUACUGUUAAAAUCUACAUUUGGACAAAACGUUCAAACAACAUGACACUGCUGCAGCCACAUGCAACUGCUUUAGUAGGCUAGGCUGCCAAUACGUUCUACUAAGAAACAAUACUGUAUCUGAGGAGCACCAAUUCAAUAAUCAAAGACUUGUUUGAGGUCAAAGACACAAAUCCAUCAGGUACACAUGAUUAAGCAACUCCUGGUACAAAACACAUCAAGGAGUUCCAAAAGUUUGAAAGUUAAGAAAGUGAAGCCACCACACACCAACACAGCCUGAAGUGUAAGGUCGACAAACAAACACGGCUUCAGCUUGGCUCCAUCCAAGCCAUGCCCCCAAAUGGUCCAGAAGC